AUGGCUGACCCGCACAGCGUCCCACUGCCUGCCUCGCGCGGCUCGCUCGACUCUGUGCGCGGCGAGGCGCCCCAGGCCCACCCAUCCUCAUCGGCCCCUCACGCGCUGGCAGCCGUCGACGAGGCCGACACAUCGGGCGACGCGGCCUGGUUCGAUGACGGUGGAGGUGGGCAUGGUGCGGAUGAGGAGCACGAGCAGCCGGACGCGCCAGAGGAGGAGGACGAGCAGGGACCGACACACGAAGGUGGGGAGGAGCGUGUCGACGAGCGCGAGGCGCAUGAGCUGCCAAGCGACCCGGACGAGCGGUUACGGGUAUUGGAGGACGAGCUGGACCGGACACGGAUGGACCGCGACGCGUGGGAGGCGCAGUAUCAGGGCUUGCUGGCCAAGCUGACGGCGAUGCGCAACACGCUCGGCGACAAGCUCAAGCAGGAUGCGGACGAGCUCGACAGGCGAGAACAGGAGAUUGCGGACCUGCGAGCGGCCAACGACGACCUCUCCACGACUCUCGAGACGCUCAAGUCCGAGCUGAUCCAGUCUCACGCCGACGCCGACGCACUACACUCGGAAGUCGAGCAGCUGCGAGCGCGGGCGUUUGACUCGGAGCAGGCGGUCUCGGACGAGGCGCAGGAGCGGGAACUCGCACUGCGAGAAGCGCAGGAGGACCUCGAGCGGGUGCGGAUUGAGCGGGACGAGUGGGAGCAGGAGGCGAUGCGUGAACGCGUGCGGGGAGAAGAGCUUGCGACGCGGCACUCGCAGAUUGAGAUGGAGUACGCGCAGGCAAAGGCGGAGCGGGAGGUCUUGCGGGAAGAGCGGGACCGCGAGAUGGAGAGUGCGGCGAACUUGCAUGCGGUGUUGGAGGAGUUCCAAGCAGCCAAGGACAACGAGCUGCAAGCUCUACUCGGCGACCUGCAAACUCAGUUGCACGAGACGCAACAAGCUCUCGAAGGAUAUCGGCGACGGGCAACGCAGGCCGAGACGCAGCUGCAGAACGCUCAGAACGACUCGGAGAAGGUCCUCGUCCUGGCUCAGGAGGUCAAGGAGAAGAACCUGCUGAUAGGCAAACUGCGGCACGAGGCCGUCAUCCUGAAUGAGCACUUGACGGAAGCGCUGCGGCGGCUGAAGAAGGACCAGAGCGAGACCAGCGUCGACCGACGGCUGGUGUCGAACGUUCUCAUCACCUUCCUCAACACUCCUCGCGGCGAUGCCAAGCGAUUCGAAAUGCUCCAGCUCAUCGCCUCGAUCCUCUCCUGGACCGACGACCAGCGAGAGAAGGUCGGCUUACAGCGGGCGUCCGGUGCGCUGUCGGGCAGCAGCAUCAUUUCAAGCGGGCGAGGGUCGAGCGCAAAAGGACAUGCUCGGAGCGGGAAGGGGAAGGCUGUCGAUGAAGGCGCGGAGAACGAGUCCUUUUCGAAUCUUUGGAUCGAGUUCCUCCUCAAGGAAGCCUCGACCGGGCAGGGUGCAAAGCCAGCCGCUCAUACUCCCUCCUCUCCUCCACCAACGUCGCCAAACGGCACGCAAGCACCUACUCGCUUCGAUCUGCCGCCACUCGGCUCGCCACCACUGUCCGCCGCUUCGACCCGGCGACCAAGCCUGUCGAGCAUGUUCUCCAACGGCGGAAGCUCGACUGCCCCGACUAGCUCCGCGCCGCCCAGUAUCAAGGAGGAGGACGCAGGUUCCUGA